GGCGACAAGCAGACAAAGCAGCAGGACAGAGGCGGAGGACAGGUGCUAGCCUUCUCUGCCCCUGACUGCCGGCUCCGUGCCCAGAGCCAGGCGCGGGGCGGGGCGGUGCUGCGGGGCGGAGCCGGGCCCCGCCUGGGUUCGGAGCGCUGGGGGCGGGCGGCGGCACCUGCGGGCCGGAGCGGAGCCGAGCGGUGCGGAGCGGCGGCCGGGUCCGGGCUCGGGCCCGGAUGUAGCCGGCGCGGGAACAUGGCGCUGAGGGCGGUGUGACGGCGGCGGCGGCCGAGAUUUUUCCACCAUGUUUGGGAAGAAGAAGAAAAGGAUUGAAAUUUCUGGCCCUUCCAACUUUGAACAUCGGGUUCACACUGGCUUUGACCACCGUGAGCAGAAGUUCACAGGACUACCUCAGCAGUGGCACAGUUUGCUGGCAGACACGGCAAACAGGCCGAAGCCUAUGGUGGAUCCCUCAUGCAUCACUCCAAUUCAGCUCGCGCCUAUGAAGACUAUUGUUAGAGGAAAUAAGCCUCGAAAGGAUACUUCAAUCAACGGACUACUGGAAGAUUUUGACAAUAUCUCGGUCACACGAUCCAAUUCCCUGCGGAAGGAGAGCCCUCCUACCCACCACCAAGGAAAUGCAAACCACGUGCCAAGGCAUCAGGAGGAAAAUGGUUAUAUCACCUAUUCCCAGUACUCCAGUGAGUCAGACGCUACAACAGACUAUGUCAUGGAAAAGUACCGAGACAAGACUCUUUAUGGGGAAGAGUUAGACAGGUACUACAAAGGGAGCUAUGCUGCUAAGCAAAAUGGGCACAUGAUGAAAGUGACUUCCCGGGACAUCUAUUAUUCAGAAGUGGCACCCCUGCAGUCAGACCUCUCCAGGUUCCUCCCAGAAUACCACACACACCUGGAGGCAAAGCCUAAACCACUGGAAUAUGGCGGCCUAAAGCUGGAAUAUCAGCGGAUUCCCAGCGGAUCCUCCCUGGACUAUAGGGAUCCCUUUCCUUACACUCCAUCCCGAGCAUCAGUGCAGAGCGAAUGCCCCAGGGAGAGGCUGGAGUACAGUGACAGUGACCGGGGACGUGGCCUGGGUAAGGAUGACUACGACAAGAGGCCAAAGUCAUCCUACGUGGACCCAGCAAGCCCUCAGCCAGCAAUGAGGCAAAGGUCCAGGUCAGGCUCUGGUCUGGAGGAGCCAGCCAUGCCCUAUGGAGCAAGCGCUUUUAAAGCACACCAGCAAGGACAUUCCUACAGCUCCUACACCUACCCCCGCUUGUCUGAAACUGCAGCAGGCAUCCCCAAGGUGGAUUACGAUCGGGCACAGCUGGUUGUUAGCCCACCGCUCUCUGGAUCAGACACCUACCCCAGGGGCCCAGUAAAGCUACCUCAGAGUCAGAGCAAAGUCAGCUAUUCAAGCAGCAGCUACCAGUACCCUCUGGUCUACCACAAAGCACCCCACUAUCACCAGCCAUCUCUCCAGCCCAGUUCUCCUUAUAUUUCCACUGCCUCCUACCCCAGCUCCCCAAGUAUCACAUCAAGUGCUUAUCCUCCACCCAGCUGGGGAUCCUCCUCAGAACAGCAGCCCUCCAGGGUGUCCCAUGAACAAUUCAGAGCUGCCCUGCAGCUUGUGGUCAGCCCUGGUGACCCCCGGGAGUACUUGGACAAUUUCAUCAAGAUUGGGGAGGGCUCCACGGGGAUUGUCUGCAUUGCCACUGAGAAGCACACUGGAAAGCAAGUUGCUGUGAAGAAGAUGGAUCUCAGGAAACAGCAGAGAAGGGAGCUUCUCUUUAACGAGGUUGUAAUCAUGAGAGAUUACCAUCAUGAAAACGUGGUUGACAUGUACAACAGUUACCUCGUUGGCGAUGAGCUGUGGGUCGUGAUGGAGUUUCUGGAGGGCGGUGCUUUGACAGACAUCGUGACUCACACCAGGAUGAACGAGGAGCAGAUAGCAACUGUCUGCCUGUCCGUCCUGAGAGCCCUGUCCUACCUGCACAACCAAGGUGUCAUCCACCGCGACAUCAAAAGUGACUCCAUCCUUCUCACGAGUGACGGGAGGAUAAAAUUGUCUGACUUUGGCUUCUGUGCCCAAGUGUCCAAGGAGGUCCCCAGGAGGAAGUCACUGGUUGGGACGCCGUACUGGAUGGCUCCGGAGGUGAUAUCCCGCCUGCCCUACGGCACAGAGGUGGAUAUCUGGUCCCUGGGCAUCAUGGUGAUAGAGAUGAUAGAUGGUGAACCUCCUUACUUCAAUGAGCCACCACUGCAGGCCAUGCGCCGAAUCCGGGACAACUUGCCACCCCGGGUGAAGGACAUGCACAAGGUCUCCUCAGUCCUCCGGGGCUUCUUGGACUCGAUGCUGGUGCGGGAGCCCUUGCAGCGAGCCACAGCACAGGAACUGUUGAGACACCCAUUUCUCAAACUGGCUGGGCCCCCUUCUUGCGUUGUGCCCCUCAUGAGGCAGCACAGGCAUCGCUGAAGCUGACAACGCUUGAGGAGUCUGGAUAACAGCUGUGUAGGAAUCCCAGCAGUUGCAGGGGAACCACAGGCAGGGAUGAGAGCUACGGAGGAAAACCAGCCCUGCAGAAAUAGCGCAGCAUGUAAAAACCCAAGGAGGUGCUCUUGGGCUGUGAGGAAGCGGGGAGCAAUCGUGGCCACCAAUCAGGUGGCCACGCUCUGCUGCGGACCAUUGCUCCCCAGCACUGUUGUCAUCUUGGCCAUCCAGAGAAAAGGCAACAACUGCAAACAAGGCUGGAAGGGUAAUGAGUAGAGAAUAGCACAAGCAGAGUGAAACACCAGUAUUUUAUUGCAGGCUAGGGCACUUCUAUUUCAGAAGACCACUUUUCUGCCCAGAAGCAAAAGCACUUUUUAUCUCAGUCAUAGCAGCGUAAUGUAUUUUGCAACGAGUUUGUAACUUUCUGUACAGUACAUUUUGAUAACUUGCAGUACUUUGUCACGUAACUGUUGUGUUAGUUGAAGUAAUCCAUGUAACUUAGCAAGAGUUUGAGAGACUAAAGUUUCCUACUUUUUUAACCCUUUUGAAACCAGAAAAAGCACCACCACACACUGUUAGGAAGUUGGGUUUUUCAGAUUUUCCACUGGGGAGAGGAGAGCUCUCAUACCGCCGUCACGGCAGCCUGUAGAGCCGAUGGUGACCGAUGCCUGUGGGAGCACUGGCAGGCUGGCUGUGAGCACAGCACUGGCACAGCAGCCAUGGGAGCUGCUGCUUGAAUGUUAGCAGUCGCCAGGGUCUCUCUCCCCAUGUGCCCAGCCAACGCCUCUGGCAUAGCUUUGCUCAAGGAUCACCUCCCCACGCUGUGGCAGUCUCUUUGCUUUAUGGCACCACAAGGCCAGUUUUGUUACCACAAAAAAGCUCUGUUAUUUCUGUCACACUCUGGCAGUGGAGAGGGAUGUCAGGAGCUGCUGCCCGCGCAGCAGGUCUGCUCCAAAGUGCAGGGUGUUGGGAUGCAUCACAAGCUGUCUGCCAUACAGAAGUCGUGCUGCUGUCUAGACCUUUUUGAAUGUUGAUGCAAUAGUUGACUGCUGCAGUACAAUUUUUGUGUUAUCUGUUGGAUGACUUUGCAUGUUAACUGUAGGCCUGAAUAGAUUUGCCUUUGAAAUUUUUAAAAGUGCUUCAUAAUUAUUUCAAGGAUAAAUGAAUUUUAUUUAUUAAUUAGGGUUUUUUUAAUUCUGCAUAAUGCAAAAGCCAUGUUUUUCAGGGUGUUUGGGUUUUUUUUCUUACCUCAUUUUGCAGUACCAUUAAGAAACACAAAGCAAGUUUUGCAAAAACAGAGUUUCUUUCUUAGGGAGUUUCAUACUGAAUGAAUUAAUUGUUAUUUAUUGUAGUAAGAGAUAACCAAACAUCUAAACCUGACAGGAGAUGUUUCUUAAAGAGCUUCCUCUGACACAGCAGUGCUGCCAACAGCAAAGCAGCUCCUGUAGUCGUGCCCUUUGAGGGGAGAGAAACAAAGAUCUCAGACAUGGAAUAACUUGCUUACAGCUGUGUGGCUUACUCCCCACUGCUUCCUCCUCUUUACCCUGUUUGCACAUUUUAAAACAACACUACAGCAAUGGUGUUUGGCACCUACCCCCCCCCCCACCCCCCGAAACCUGGCAGAGUGCAACACCCAUGGCGUUCCAAGGGGGUUCUGUUCCAUAGGCCUGACAACUCAGGAAACCAGGCUGCACGAGUAAAGGCAGUGACAAACAGGUGAAACUCUUACUGGCCACCAAGUAAACUUUUUUAACCAUCUUUGACUAAAAAGGGGGUGGUGGGGGUUUUCUUCUUCAAUAGUCAGCACAUUUUAGGGUGUGCAAGCGAAGGAAUUUUCAGCAACUUUUUACCAUUAGAUACUUUAAACAGUAGUCAUCAAGUUUACUGGAAGUUUUGUCAAUUUCAAAGGGUUUUUUUGGGUGAACACCAACUGCUGGUGAGACAAAUGCACAUGCCAAGUUAAAUAAAUUAAUAAAUGCUUUAA